CUCAUUCCGAUCUCCCCUCGGCACCCUAAAAUUACCUCUAUCGGUGCCUAGAUUGCCAGUUUAUGAGAUAGAAUGGCACUGGAAGCAACUAUUUCAGCUUGUGCGUGCUAGCAAAACAGAGAAGGCCUCUGGCUGAGCGGCUGCUGGCACCACCAAAAUAUACAAUCCGACCAUGGACUCAACCAGACACAUUCAAUCUACCGGCUCUAUCUCCGAGUUCCUGCAAUCAAUCCUUAAACAUGAUCCACCCUACACCACUUUGAUCGUAUGCUCGACCAGGGACCAAUUCUUGACCCGAUUGUUCGCUUCUGUGCACCCAGCAAGGGAAGCAGUCGCCGGACGCCAUCGGAUCUAUGACAAAACCAUCGGACUGCUGUCUAAAUCCAGCCGAGUCAGGGUAUUAUUUUGCCCGACUUUGGAGAAUCUACGCGCUUGUCUGUCCGUGAUACCGUCUCAAUCUAGCACCCAGGGGAGGGAUGAGGUGGAGGGGCGCGACAAAGCACGACCUCUAUUAGCAGUCGUCGACCCUCUAUCCCUCCAUCUCCCAACCACGGAAUUCUCCGCCCAAGGUCUGUCCAGAACAUUUGCUGCUUUAGCGGAGACCUCCUUCAAAGCAAACAUGGACCUCAUUGUUUGUGAAUGCCACGAGUCCAUACGCCCAGAAGAAUCACCAUGGAAUACACAGGUACCCUUGUUGAACAGUACUGUACGUGGGUCAGAAGAAACCGCCCUCUUCCGACGCACUGUGCCGGUGAAAAGGGUUGUAGAACGUUGGUUCGAGUUCUCUGGAAGAGCCUAUGCUGCUGCAGGCACAAAUGAAUGAUCUACGGGAUAAUGUUCGAACGCAUGUAGCGACAUAAAAGAAUGGACAAAUGAACUCGAUAACAUUAAUGAAAGACU